UCUCGUCUCUUGUCUACAUUUUGCGCUGUUAAUAGCAGGGUGAGAAUCUUGUCAUAGCUCUCCCGUCACCGAGCGUAAUGGUGCAAACAUUCUCCAUGAAUUUCGAUGUUUAGGAAAUGACUGCUUGGUGGGAAAAGGUAAGACAUUUCUACUGUUAUUCUGCUUCACAAGAAAAAAAAAGAAUGGCGUUUGUGAAGAAUGCUAGAGGAAAACGCUACAGAACAAACAAUAUUUUUGCAGCGACGGAAAAGGAACCCAAAGGCGUGAGUGGCCAGGCUUGAGAAGCACAGUGUAUGAAGGUUGUCCUGUUGUCUCCUCAGAGCGCUCGACAGGUGCGAUCUUGAAUGGGGGUCUGAUUACGAACAGCAACAAAAUGUAUGUAGCUUUUUUUUUUUUUUUUGCUUCACCCUGCCCAGUUGGCUCUGCUCUUCUAUACAAGGGGCACCUUUUCGUUUUCUAAUGCAUUGUCGAUUAGCCCUGCAGCAACUCUGCAUGCAUUCAAGUCACACCUACACGCCAUGUAAAACCAAAGCCUGCUUACUAAGGUUUACCCAGAAAAGUAAAGGAGCUUGUCUAGGCGAGCCAAGCGUCUGAGGCGUCAUUGGUUGCCACCCCCCUUUCUUUCUCUUCUCUUAGCAAUGUACCACAACGUUUCCUGGACACCCAACGAAUCGCUCGCAGGCAGCCACUGCCAUACUGGUAACAACCAAAUGUGCUGCAGCAGCUUCUGCUGCACAACAGUGUAGCUCCAGGCAGGAAUGCAUGAGUUCACCACCGGCCUGCUGCUUCUGGUAGCGGCUCUCAAUUGGGGCAACGAAAUUUCGCUGGCGACUCCUUACAUUAAGGACCAUGGGUUAUACUCCAAUGUGACGCUCGAGCCACAGAACACUUCAGGCGGGAGUUCCGAAGGCGAGGAUGACGACUGGGAAGAGCAUCACGAAUGGACCUACACGGAGCUUGAUGACGAGGAGGAGAGUGGAGAAGGUAGUUACAAGAGCGCCGCCUUGUCUCGCUCACGGAAUUAUAACGGAAAGCAGACUUCUGAUUACAUCGGGUCUGCGGUAGGUGCGAACACGUCAUCAAGCGGUGGCACCAGAGCAAACAUGAACAAAGAAAAGAGAAAAGUUUUAGCGUCUAAUCAGCAGACGAGCAUCAAACAUUCCAAACAGCAGAAGAGAACUUCAUACGCGAACAAGACAUCGACGAAGGCGUUUGCGUCCACAGCACAAAAAUUGACGACGAAGAGCCCCAGAGCAAAUUUUGCCCACGUCGGCAACCAACGCUUAGAUAGACCAGCUAAGUCUCCAAGGAAGAGCCCAAAGACGACUGUUCCCUUGCGCUAUAAACGUAACGAAGCACGUUAUUUUAAAUGGAGCGACCAGUCAGGCAGGAAGCUGACUACAGCCAGUGUUUUGAACAGCAGAAAGCACAAACGCGGAAAGGAGAUCCAAGGCAAAGUAUCCAAAGGGGCCAGGAAAAAAUCAAGUUCGACGACAACCGGCAAUAAUUCCUCCUCCAAGAAAUACGCAAGAAAUAAUACUGAAGGCAGCAAACAGAGUGUCACAGCCAACUGGAAAUUAAAGGUAGCGGGAGCAUUCACAAGCAAACGAAGCAAAAAUGUGAGGACUUAUCCAAAGGAAGCACACCACGGCAGCAGCAAGAGUUCACGUUUGAUUAACUUCACUGGAAGUAGCAAUAAUGGAAGAGCAUUUGAGUCCUCUAGCUCAAACAGCACUGGCAGAAACAGAACUGGAAGUUCUAAGGUGAAACGCGCAGCAGCGAAGACGUCAACAGAAGCCAUCGCAACGAAGAGAUAUCGUGGUAAAAUUGAAAACAUGUCUGCAAGAGGGGCAACGCACGCUGGCAGAAAUCAGUUAGACUCGAGGUUCACGGUAGGAAGCACGUCCACAUUGUCUGACUUCCAAAGUUUGAAAACUACUCGAAAUAACGUUUAUAAGCGAAAUCAUGUCGCGAGUUCGAAACUAGUCACAUCCGAAACUUUGAAAAGCGAUGACAAUAAAUCAAUGAAAAAGUUGGUCACUCAAGCAUCCCAGCAAGCACGAGGAAACUUGAGCUCUAAGAGCAACGCAGGCAGUGCUAAUACGCAACUUGGGUCACGAAGGAAAACACGUAGGAGCGGGAACGUAUUGGUGGAUCGACCGAACGCCAAUCAAAGACUUGUAUCCUCCAACUACAAAGGCAACGACGCAAAAAGCAAGCUUAGAACAGUAGCCAAGAAGACACUCAGCAAGAUUACAGCAGCAGCAAAUGCCUUAUUUGGGCUGAAACAGCCGCAGACCAAGCCGUCACCUCAACGUAGCACCCGACACACCUCUGUUUCUUCAUGGGAAGGUGACAGUCACGUUCGGAGUCAUGUAUUUGGCACAUCGAGUGGAGGGAAGUUGUCUCGCGUAGUUGACAGCAACGGCAGCAACGGAAGGCGAGUGGGCCACAACACAAGUGCCGGAGCUAUAACAGACAUCCGCGGAACGAGACACCGCACCUAUCUCCCUUACAACGGAAGCUCAUGGUCCGGCUUGGGCGGCGCGCUUGGGGACAACUUGGGGUCCGGCUUGGGGUCCGGGGUCCGGCUUGGGCGGCGCUUGGGGUCCGGCUUGGGCGGCGCGCUUGGAUCCAAGCGCUCGUGGGACCGGUAUCUAGCUGGUUCCAGAAAACGCCGGAAGAAAGGGCGCUCCAUCUUUCGAGCGCGGAGAAUCCUCCGCAGGAGAAGGAAACGUAGAGGAAGGCGUAAAACUCUCGCACAACCUCAAGUUGAGAUCACCAAAGCCCGUGAUAAAGAACAAGCUUCAAGUCGCGACAAGCUUGUUGCUGGCGCGCAGAUUAGGCCAAUCAAGACAGUAACUCCUGGAUCGAGCAGCACCGUGAAACAAGCGCUCCAGGCGCCGCUGCACAAUGACCGUUCGUAUGGUGCAGAGUUGUCUGCGGUCACAUCCUAUGUAAACCGAUCCAGGAUCCAAGCUCACAAACCACCCAAAAUCACAGCACUUGCCGUACUGCCGCUAGAGCCGCCAAACACACGUAAGGCCGAGGCUAGCGCGGCCGAAAGAAUCACUACUCCGAGGAAGCGGCUUAAAGAGUCAGGAAUCCACAGUCCACAAAACGAAAACACUUACGUGUUGCGAAGGAAGAACCUGCAAACCCAGAAAGUACAUGCAAACAACGUAACCUCCGCACAGCACAAGAGACUUCACCUCCAAAUUUCACCCGAUGGGAGUGCCUCUGCGAUACUACCUGACAUGAACAUCGCGAAACAAUCACGCGAUGAGGAGGAAACCGGCUUAGUCCGUCGACACAGGAAACGGCUUCGCGCACAUCGCCACCUCCGUUGUCGCAGCAGCCCCGCAGCGCUAACGGGCGAAACAGGGAACUUUGUGGGUGGCGGCCUCAUGUGGUUCCCGGCUGCAUCAUGCGUGGCUUCUGGCCUGGAUUGGAACUCGGUGCACAGCACCGCCUGCCUGCACCAGCAGAUCGCAUUCGUGCAUCGGUACAAGAUUCUUGCACCAGCCCUUCCUUCUAUAAACGAGAGCUACACGCCAGGAUUUUGUGGUUCCUACGUUCCAUGGAGUCAUGUCACGCCUCAUCAUGUUACCGACUUAUUGUAUGAUGGCAGCAUCGUCUCAGGUCUUUCGCUGCACAGGUUUGGCUUCAUUAAUCCGGGAGGCUACACAUUUGAAGUGCUUCCUCACACGGGGUGGUUCAUCCUUGUUGGAGUGCCAUUUCACCGCAGGACUCUCAGCCUAUGCAACCUGAAGCCGACGACGUUGGGCCUGCUGUUCACUGGGACGGGCUUGCGAGAUGGCUCUCGAGGCAUGCAGCGUUUUGGUCAGAUUUGCAGUACGCUCGAGGACUACGCAAAGACGAACCCAAACAACCUCUACUGGGGCUUCCCCACUGUGCCUGUUAAGACAAUGACAGUAGCCGUCCGGGUACCCGAAAAGAGUACAGACGCUACUAUCACACCCGUGUUGCCCAUAGCCUCUGAGUCGGCCGAGGCGUUCACUCAGAAGGUGUUCACGGAACCAUUGGCUUUGUAUCCAGACACGCCCGUCGAUUACAGCGAGGCGCACACUGAUUUUCUUGAGCCCGUCGUGUUCCUCACUAAUUCCAUCGAGCAUGAUGACGACGCUAUUGACGAAGACGUCGUUCCGCCGACAUUUGUCGAAGAAGUCGCGGCGCCUGUUGUCGAAGGUGCCGCUGAAGCCGUGGCCGUAGUUGCCGAGAAUGACGACAUGAUUGAGACGCAGAACAGCGUCGAAGUUCCCAUCUUUGAGAAUGAGCAGAAUGACGUGACUUCUGGACCUGAGAUGGCGGUGGACGGGCUGUCUGCCAACGUGCCUACCGAGGACGUUUACGACGGCAUAGACGGCAAAGCCGAUUACAUCAGCUAUGAUGCAAGACUCGAUUUAGAUGACGUGGAUCCCGCGUACUAUCAAGACGCUGCUGAACCCGUAGUACACGUGACAGAACAGAUGCUAUUAUUUCCUGCCCCAUCGCUGUAGUUACAUGACAGUGAAUUCCGAAUGGGCGCCCCGGAUGGAAUUAUCUUAUUCCUGCUAAUGUGCUUCGACAUGAUUGCGUAGUCUGUAAAAAAAAAGUAAAAGGGUCUUAUAAGUUCUAUGACGACCGCUACUAUACGGCCGCAACUAUAUCUUGCUAGAACAUUGAUUCGAUAUGUCACCCACUUGCACCUCUUCUGCUUUGGUAAUUAACAAGAAAAUCUGGCUCCAGCCUUCACCUUGGUAGACCAUGCUUGUGUGAUAAGUGCAAGGUUCAGCUAUACAAUUAAGGAAAAACCAUGUUGCCUGUCUGUCCUGCCUCUUUUCCUGUAGAUUUCACGUACUGACUUCCGUAACUACUGCAAACACACACGAAAAUAUUUGUGGAAGUAGAGGAAUAAACAUAGUUCAUGCUU